CUCCACUUGGCCUUUGCAUGAAAUAUAUAUAUAUAUACAUAAAAACUCUCUCCGCUAUGGAGCGCAUUCAAAAGGCCCAGUGACCGACACAAAAUUUGCUGACGAAGAGUUUACGGAGCAAUUUUUUUUCGAUGCCGAAUAGUGAACUGAAUAGGUGUUUGAUUUUGAUUCUAAUAAACUAAAACGGUAGUGAGAAAAAAAAAAAAAAAUGGCGUCACUGAUGGGUUUGGAACCCAUCUCUGUUUCCCCAAAUAAACAAGACCCAGCUUGGAAAUACUGCCAGAUUUUCACCAAAAAUGGGGAACAGAAAAAUGGGGUCAAGGUAGAAUUGAAGAAGUGUAUAUAUUGUGGCAAAAUGUUUCAGGGUGGAGGGAUCCAUAGGCUUAAAGAGCACCUUGCCGGUCGGAAGGGAAACGGUCCCACUUGCGACCGUGUCCCAAAUGAUGUUCGUGUUGAAAUGCAGCAGAGUUUGGAUGGUGGGAUUGUGUUGAGUAGGAGAAAAAACCGCACCAAUGUUAACAAGUGUCGUAGUCCUAGUGAAAUUGACAAGUCGUUUGCCAUUCAAGAGGAAUGUAAAAUGAUUGAUGUGCCAAUACAGGAUGCCUUAGUAAAUGGGGAAGAUGUAGGAGUGAAUAGUUUGAGUGCUGAGAGAAGAAUGAGGGGAAGAGUCGGAAAUUCUUUUGCAUUAGCUACUGAUGCUGGUAUUGUGGAUAAUUGUACUGAUUUGAGUGGUAAUCUAGCUUCUGUUCCUGUUGAAGUAGAUAAUGGAGUUGCUAAUAAUGCACUUUUGAGACCGAUAGGAGGAUUCGAUGAUUUCCAUUUGAAACCGGUGCAAAUAUUGGGAGAUAGUGUUGUUGAUUCUGCUAAUAAUGGUACUCAAUCAAAUGAGAGUCCAGCGCCUCCGCUUGGUGAAAAAUUCAGUUUCUUUGUUGAACAUACUCCAGGCAGACUGAUUGAUGUUCCCAAAUCAAAUUCUUUAGUAAGUCUAGAGAAAGAGAUUGGGAUAGACAAUACAAAUGCAAGUAAAAGAAAGAGGGGAAUGCAUGAAAAUUCUUCAACUUCUGUGGAUGAUGGAAUGGUUAGUCAUGAUUCUGAGCAGGGAAGGGCAAACAAUCAACAAAUUCAUAUGGCAAUAGGUCGAUUUUUGUAUGAAAUUGGGGCACCACUAGAUGCAGUGAAGGAUUCAGUUUAUUUCCAACCGAUGAUUGAUGCAAUCACGUCUGGAGGAUCAAGAGUUUUGGCACCCUCAUAUCAUGAUCUCCGGGGAUGGAUAUUAAAGAAUGCAUUUGACGAAGUAAGAAACGAUAUUGAUAGAUGCACAAAAAUUUGGGCAAAGAGUGGCUGCUCCAUUCUAGCCAGCCAAUGGAACACUGGAAAGGGUAGAACUUUUCUGAAUUUUGCAGUGUCUUGCCCCGAAGGAACAAUUUUCUUUAAAUCUGUGGAUGCUUCCAGCAUUCUAUGUUCUGCAGACUCUUUGUAUGAGUUGCUCAAGCAAGUGGUGGAAGAAGUAGGAGUUGAACAUGUAUUGCAAGUGAUUACGAAUAGUGAAGAGGAAUACGAUGUCGCUGGAAAAAGAUUGAUGGUUACUUUUCCUACCCUUUAUUGGUCUCCUUGUGCAGCUCACUGCAUAGAACUGAUGCUUAAGGAUUUUGGAAAAGUUGAUUGGAUAAACUCUAUAAUUGAACAGGCUAAAUCUGUUACAACGUAUAUCUAUGAGCAUGCCGCUGUUUUGAAUAUGAUGAGAAAGUAUACUUUUGGCAAUGACAUUGUAAGGCCUGGAGUCUGUCUCUUUGCUACCAACUUCUUGACACUGAAACAAAUGGCUGAUCUGAAACUUAAUUUACAGUCUUUUGUUAUUUCACAAGAGUGGAUGGGCUCUCAAUAUUCAAGGACAACAGAAGGAUUAAAAUUGUUUGAUACAUUAACAAAUCGGUCAUUUUGGUCUUUGUGCUUGCGGAUCACCAGGUUAAUGAGUCCAAUCUUGCGAGUUCUGAGAAUUGCUUGUAGCCAGAAGAGGGCUGCAAUGGGAUAUAUCUUCACGGGAAUUUAUCAAGCUAAAGAAAAAAUUAAGAGAGAACUUGCCAAAAAAGAAGAUUAUAUGAUCUAUUGGAAUAUUAUUGAUCACAGAUGGAAAAAGUUGUGGUAUCUUCCUCUUCAUGCUGCAGGUUUCUACCUUAACCCAAAAUUCUUUUAUAGUAUGCAAGGAGAAGUGCCCAACUUUAUCAUGUCUGGGAUGUUUGACUGCAUAGAGAGAUUGGUUCCUGAUAUAAAAGUCCAAGAUACACUUAUCAAAGAGAUAAACUUAUACAAAAACGCUUCCGGAGAUUUGGGAAGGAAAUUGGCAAUUAGAGCUAGAGACACUCUCCUCCCUGCUGAAUGGUGGUCUACAUAUGGAGGUGGUUGCCCAAAUUUGUCACGGUUGGCCAUCCGUGUUCUCAGUCAAACUUGCAGUUUAUUCCAGUUUAGAAAAAAUGAAACUUCUUUGGAACAAUUACAUAAGACAAGGAAUUGCCUUGAGCAUCAAAGGCUCAGUGAUCUUAUGUUUGUCCAGUACAACUUGCAAUUAAGACACAUGGUUCACAAAAACAAAGACCAUGAAAGCAUGGACCCCCUUUCAUUUGAUAGAAAUAGUAUUGUUGAAGACUGGGUGGCAGGGAAGCAACUACACGUAGAAGAAGACAAUGAGCAUCCAGAUUGGAUGUCAGUUGACCCACCCGCUGUUAACUUGAUGCUUUUAGAACUCUCAGCUGAUGAAGUUGAAGAUUUGAGAACAGGUUUUGAUGAUUAUGAGAUUUAUAAUGGACUGAAGGAAAUUAAGGUGGAAAUGGUGAACAUAUAAUGUGGUAAAAUCAACAGGAAAGCAAGCGACAACAAACUAAGUGGGGUCCAUACUGGCGCCCAGUAUCUUUUUCUUUUUCUUUAGCCUAUUACAGACGGAGAAAGGUAUUGUAAGAACGCUGUAUCUUGACAUUGUUUCUGAUGCCAAAAACAAUGCACUUUACUGGUGUUACUCCUUUCACGGCAAUAGUGCAGAAGAAGUGGUCUAUCAGCUAGAGUAUGUGCCUGUUUGUACUGAGGAAGAAAAAACAUGUGGCCUAGCUUCCACCAUGUGAUUUUUCCAGCCUGAAAGCAUCUAGAUAAAGAUGGUUGCAUGUUUUUUUUUUUUUUUUUUUUUUUUUUUUGGGUUUUGUGUGGUGGGGGUGGAGUAUAUAUACAAUGAUUUUGAACGUAGAAUAUGAUCUUGAAAAUAGGCUUAGCCAUCUGGAUUUCCCAAGAGGACACCUAGCUGGUAAAUGGAAGAAAAUAGUUGUAUAUAAAAUGUUCCUGUAAAUCUAAUCUUUAAUGCGUUGUAAUUGUGUAGGGGACCAAUAUAGAAUUCCAUUUUCCAUCUACACAUGUUCUCACUACGCUUUUCUUUGACAUUUUCACCGUUUAUGUAUGUAACAAUGCUUUCUAAAUUUCAUUUUUUUUA